AAAUACCCUGGGCGUGGAGUGGGAUCAACAAUUCCCCUUCAGCACCCCUUGCAGCUCAGGAAUGGGACGCGACCGUUCUUGCUGUGCUCGCUCACACUAGGGAUGAAAGGAACAUCGCGUACUUCGAAUGUCUUUCUUUGUCCUUCCGACACCCCGUUAAAUGCGGAUAUCUCUAUCUCAUAUUCAGCGAUCUGGUCUCCUACCAACAACGAUGCGACCGCUGUACCUCCUCCCCUUUAUAUUUGGCGCUGUAUACGGCAUAUCUACCAACCACGGCGACUGUACACCAAGCGGAGAGCAUUGUGACAGUGAACAUUCGUGCUGUGCGGGCUCUGCCUGUAGCGAAGGGAUGUGUGUCUUGAUCAUAUAACCACGUUCAAGUACCAAAGACAAUGAGGAUGAGAAUAAUAAUGUAUGAUGAUCUACACUAAGUAUGCAUUAUGGUAUUUGAGGAGGAAACAGAAAUUCUUUCGACAUAUUUCAUACGCUUGUCCGCGCUUGAUACCGUCUCAGCGUCCUCCAUUGCUUAAGCAGGAUAGUGCUCACAUAUCUCUCAAGCCCCAUGCCAAAAGGGGGAAAUACAAGUUUGUGGAGUGAGGAGGCAAUGAAUGACC